GACAGUAUCCAUUCGAUCAACAACUAAUAACACUAAAAUUAAGAAUGACUCUCAAGUGCUGUGCUCUAUUUCUUCUGGUGGCUGCUGCCAGCGCCGUAGUUUUACCGGUCGCUGUUAAACACGUGGAAUACGCCGAUGCUCCAGCUGAGUACCACUUUUCGUACUCCGUCCACGAUGGCCACACCGGAGAUGUCAAAAGCCAGACCGAGGAACGUCACGGAGAUGUGGUGAAGGGACAGUACUCUCUGAUCGAUGCCGAUGGUCACCAACGAGUUGUUGAUUAUACCGCCGAUGACCACAACGGAUUCAACGCUGUUGUGCGUCGUGAUCCAUUGGCCCACAAGAUCGUCGCCCCAGUGGCCAAGGUGGUUGCCCCAAUUGCCCACCAUUAUGUUGCUCCAGUUGCCAAAUACGCACUCCCAGUUGCUAAGGUCGCCUACCCUAGCUACUAUCAUCAUUAACGACGGAACGAAUUGCCGAAAAGUUGUCUGUAAACGCCAUGCCAUAGCUACAAUUAUUAGAUUAGAAUAAAUUUAUUUAUUUGAGA